AUGUCGUCCGCAACUAGCUUCUACAACUUCAAGCCCCUCGACAAGAAGGGCGAGGAGCUCCCCCUCGAGAAGUACAAGGGCAAGGUCGUCCUGGUCGUCAACACAGCCUCCAAGUGCGGCUUCACGCCCCAAUACGCCGGUCUCGAGUCGCUCUACUACAAGAUCAAGCAAUCCCACCCCGAUGACUUCAUCAUCCUCGGCUUCCCCUGCAACCAGUUCGCUGGCCAGGAGCCGGGCUCCGACGACGACAUUCAGAACUUCUGCCAGGUCAACUACGGCGUGAGCUUCCCCAUCAUGAAGAAGAUCGACGUCAACGGCGACAGUGCCGACCCUCUGUACCAGUGGCUCAAGGACGAGCAGCCCGGCUUCAUGGGCUUGAAGCGCAUCAAGUGGAACUUUGAAAAGUUUCUGAUCGGCAGGGACGGGCACGUCAAGGGUCGCUGGGCCAGUCUCACCAAGCCCGAUGCUCUGGAGCGCCCCAUCCUGGACGAGCUGAACCAGAAGCCCGCUGAGCCUGCUGCGCCUUCGCAAACGACGUCUGCGGAUGCCCCUGCCUCUGCUGAGGCUCCUGCAUCGACGGAGCAGAAGCUGUGA